GCAACUUGACAAAAUCACUGACAGCAAUCAGACCAAAUAGAAUAAUAAAACAAUACUUGACGUGAUUUUCACCUCAAACUCAGUUUUACUGGCCCGACGUACAUAUUUCAAAAGGAUUUGUCAGCAGAUGGGAUCGGAAGCGACUCUUCGUUAUCACUUUCGGCCUUGAGCGCGCCGUCAAUCAUUGACGUGCGGCUCAUUUCGAUCCCGGCCCGCACCCGACGUCAAAUGAGCGCUCACCCGCCAAGUCUCGCCAAACGCUCGCCGGACUGAAGGACGGACGGACGGACGGACAUGGCGCUCGGAACCGCCGCUCGGGCUCUUGGCGCCGCCUGCCUCCUGUGUGGCCUCGUGCUGUGCGCGCCUGGGGAAAUAUUACAAGACUUUGACGUCGACGGCGGACGAGAUUUGGACAUUUUCGAAAUUAAUGAAGAAGCAGGAUUACGUCUGGUAGAAGGCGACAUCGUGCUCGGCAAGAACCAAAUGAGGAACUCUAUCAUCGGCGAAGAGUACAGGUGGCCCACGACCAUCCCGUACUACAUGGAGGACGACCUCGACGUCAACGCCAAAGGCGUGAUCCUGAAGGCCUUCGAGCAGUACCGCCUCAAGACCUGCAUCGACUUCAAGCCGUGGAGCGGAGAAGCAAACUACAUCUCCGUCUUCAAAGGCAGCGGCUGCUUCUCCUCGGUGGGCAACCAGCGCCUGGGCAAGCAGCGUCUGUCCAUCGGCAAAAACUGCGACCGCAUCGCCACCGUCGAACACGAGUUCUUGCACGCUUUGGGCUUCUGGCACGAGCAGUCCAGAGCGGACCGGGACGACUACGUGCAAAUCGUGUGGGACCGCAUCUCAGCCGGCCGGGAGCACAACUUCAAGGUCCACAACGACACCACGUCCAGCGCGCUGGGCGUCCCGUACGACUACGGCUCCAUGAUGCACUACAGCAAGACGGCCUUCGGCAAAGGCUCCGAGGCCACCAUCGUCACCAAGAUCGGCGCCUUCGCCGACGUCAUCGGCCAGAGGAUGGAGUUCAGCGACAGCGACCUGCUCAAGCUGUCCCGCCUCUACAACUGCACUCGGGGUUCCACCUUCCUGGACUCGUGCGACUUUGAACGGGAGAACAUCUGCGGGAUGAUUCAGGGGGCGGGGGACCAGGGGGACUGGCGCAGGCUAUCUGAGGCGGCGGGGGGGCCCCACACAGAUUACUCCAACAUGGGAAAAUGCACCGGUUCGGGCUAUUUCAUGCACUUCAGCACGAGCGCGGCCAACACCGGCGACACGGCCCGCCUGGAGAGCCGAAUCCUGUACCCCAAGCGGGGCUACCAGUGCCUGCAGUUCUUCUUCUACAACAGCGGCGGCCCGGGGGACUCGCUCAAGAUCUUCGCGCGGGAGUACGACAAGGCCGACCCCGCCGGGACGCUGCGCUUGAUCGCCACCGUCGACGGAGCGCCUCAGGACCUGUGGCAGCUGCACCACGUCAGCCUGAAGGUCGCAAAGAAGUUCCGCGUGGUCUUCCAGGGCGUCAAGGGAGGGGCGGGUCCGUCGUCGGGCGGGCUGUCUCUGGAUGACAUCAACAUCUCGGAGACGGCGUGUCCCGAGUUCACGUGGCGCGUCCAGAACUUCAGCCACGUCAUGGAGAACACGCGCUUGGGCGCCGCCAUCUACAGCCCGCCCUUCACCUCCAAGGAGGGCUACAGCUUCCAGAUGAAGCUCUACCCCAGCGGGAAGAGCGACUCCCCCGGGCGAAUGGCCGCCUACGUCAACCUGGUGGCCCGCGAGGGGGACCGAGGCCAGACGUGGCCUUGCCGCUGGAAGCAAAUGACCAUGACGCUCAUGGACCAGCACCCUCACAUCCAGAAGCGCAUGUCCAACCAGCGCAGCGUCACCACCGACCCCAAGAAGACUUCUUCAGGCAACAAGCUCUUCUGGGACGACCCGCGUAAGGUGGGCGCCGAGGUGACGGACGCGGACGGCUCCAAGUACUUCCGGGGGCCCGGCACCGGCACCUCGGCCUACCUCACCCACCUGAGGGCCAAGAGCAGGGACUUCAUCAAGGGAGGCGACGCCAUCUUUCUGCUCAGCAUGGAGGACGUGUCUCACCUGACCGAAAGCCAACCUCGGCCUUUGAUCACCACCCCUUCGCCUCCCACCGGGUCGCCGCCGGACAUCUGCGCCUACGUGCAGUGCCAGAACGACGGCGUGUGCGUGCAGGAGAACGGGAAGGCUCUUUGCAGGUGAGAAACUACGGGAAAUACAAGCGUGUGACGUGAUUCGACUCGAACUUUCAGAGGCUCCAAGUCGGACAGCGGCACCCUCGCCUUGGCCUCCUCGUUGUCCGUGCUGGGAGUCAUGCUGGUGGUGACGGUGACCACCGCCGUUUGCCUGAAGAAGAAGUACAAGAAGCGCAGUUACGAGAACGGCCUGGGCAUCGGGAACAAGGGCCAAAUAGCCUGAAGUGCCGCACGAGGAUCACAAGCACGAGUCGUGAAAUGAUUCCAUU